AUGGCACACCGGGCCGGUCGACCCGGACCCAACCGGAGAGCGCGCAACCACCGCAACCGUCCACUCGCCCCCGAUGCCGAGGAUUCCCACGCGCUGCCGAGUUCCGACUCGGACAGCUCCUCCGAAUCGGACGGCGAGUCGGCCCGCCUCUCCGGCCUCGCCGCGAGCUUCCGAAUCGUCUCGGAGUCGCUGCUGAGGAUGGAGCAGACGGAGCUGGAGAUGACCAAGGCGAGGGAGGCUAUGCGGCUCGAGGCGGAGAAGCGGCGGCUCGAGUCGGAGGCCGAGUUGACUCAGAUGCUGCUGCAGACUCAGCUCCAGAUCGCGUCGUUGGUUUCGCGGCGGAGGAGGGACCAUCCCAGCCGUAAACGGAAGCGAGCUGAGGAAGAAGGAGAAGAAGGAGGAGAAAACGACUCGUCGUCUUCGCCUAACAGUGAAGGAGCUUUGGCCUUGAGCUUGCUUCAGUGUAAUUUGUUAUUAUGA